CUGGAGAAGGGUAUUCCCUUGCCACGCCCCAGCAUUGGUGGAACUAAGCGAGGUGGAGUCCUGGCGUACUUUGAGGGCACAUACCUGGGAAUAGACUGCACUUGCUAAAGGAUCGAGCUUUCCAUCUGGAAUUGCCACUCAGCGCUGGGCAAAGUGAGGGACUGAGACACUGGGAACGUUGUAUCUCGGGGGUAGAACUCUAGCCUCUGAACCAGAAGAUUGUGGAUUCAAUGCCGGGGAUUUGAGGCCACAAAAGUUAGGCUGCCACACUCCUGUGCAGUUUUGAGGGUGCGUUUCACUGUUGGAGGGCCAUCUUUCAGACUCAUUAAGACUGGCACCAUGUCGCAAUCUAAGGUCAAAAAAUCUUCAAGGAAGGUGACUGAUGCUCCGAGUGCUGCAGGAGUCUACACAGAUUCACUUGGGUUUGCUGCUAUGGAUUACAAUGUCCCAGGCCUGUCCAAAGUUAUCCUUUCAAAACUGAAUAUGGAAAGUUAUGAUGAUUACAGAGCUGCGUUGGAGGGAAGGAAAUAUGCAUCGGAUUUUGGAAUCCGUACUUACCGGGAGAUGUUUCAGAAGAUGGAGGACACAUUUAAAUUCUGCGCAGAGUGCAAGAAGCUUCCGGAAGCUCUGGCAGAUCCCAGGGUUCUGCGACGCUGCAAAAGAUGUCAGAAUGUUUAUUACUGCAGGACAGACUGUCAACGAGCAAGCUGGCCAGUGCACAAGAAGUUAUGCAAGAAAUUAAAGUGGGCGGCGACUGAUCGACUGAUUGAGUGGCUCGUGUUCACAGGUGACAUUCCUUUUCCAAGUCUAAACUGGACGCAAGCUGUGUCGGAGGUAAACGGUUGGGAUGCGUGGUUCUUAAUGCAAGAAGACCUGGAUAGCAAACUAAGCACCAUUCUGAAUUGUAAGCACAUGAAGAUAUUGUGGGAAAAUGCUGGAAAGCCACAGCCUGAAGAUGAGGAGCUACGAGCAUCCAUCAAACGGGUGACCACUGACUUUCUGGCAAGGCCGGUUACGAUUGGAUUCGCCCUGCACCGUUUUGGCAUUGACCCCUGUGAGAGGCCCAUCACCAUUCACAUUGUUGGUGCCUCUCACACAGAGACCCUUAAUGCCAGGCGUACGGAUUAUGAUGAGCUGACUCGUAUGUUUCCACACAACGAUGGCAUCGAGGUGGUCAUGAUUGGGCCCGAGGUUGUGGCAGGGCCAACUCUCUGGCCUCCCUUGGAGAGCUACGCUGGCAGGAGGCGGGUGUAUCUGAGCGGCUGGAAGGGGCUGUACCAUGUGUACUGGGAGACGAUGGUGGAGCCAGGACGUGCUGCCCGGCCUAGUCUGGUAGUAGGAUUUCAUCCAGGGUUUCAUGUUUCACAGGGUUUAGCUGAGGGAUGGCUCCCGACUCUUCUACUACUGAGGGACUACAAUAUCCCAUCUCUCUUUACAAUGUACAGCGACCAGGAAUUGAAGUAUUCCCUUGAGAUCCUUCAGGAGCUGGAAACCCGCAUCAUUGGUUACGGGCCGAAUCCUUUUGCCUCCCUGAAACUAGAGCAGGUGCAGUCCGAUCCCAACAAGCAGUUGGUCCACAGCAACUCCAGCUUCCUGAUGUUCCAUGGAGUUACUGAGUCCCAGGAUGCAAUGGGUGAGGAGGACCUGGGUCAAGAGAACCCCCUUCCAAACCAGUCGGAGUGACAGGCACAUGUGUAGACAUUGAAAGGAGGAGGACCUUCUAUCGCAAGGAAAACUUACCCAGUUUCAUUUUGAAAAUAAGCUAAAUCAAGCACAAAAAUAGAACAAUUUUAUUUCAUGAAUUGUAGAAGGCCAUUCAACCUUGUUAACUCCGAAACAGCUGGCUAAUCACCCUGCUUAACCUACUUUUUGCUCAUAGUUAAAAAUCACACCAGGUGACAGUCCAACAGGCUUAUUGGAAGCACUUUCGGAGCGCAGCUCCUUCAUCAGGUGGUUGUCAGAAGCAGAGGCUGACAGCUAAGUUCGGUAUCUAUGCGGACGGCCUCAACCGGGACAUUGAGUUCAUGUCACACCACAGGUGACCUCACUGCACUACACACACAGACACACACAAGCACAACAAACAGA